AUGUUGGUAGGAUUUCUCCUAGUUUGUGCAACCGUGCUGGCAAAGGACAGCGGGAAGACCGCGUGCGUGGCUUCCAACACAAACUGCGCAUCAGGGUUGGACACGGCAGGGUGCAAGACGUGCGCCGGGGCAGAACCCGACCAGACGUGCCUGGACUGCAAGGUCUCUGGCCAGAACGUGCAACUCGAUAAAAGAAGCUGCGCCGUGGGCUGCCCGCUGAACUCCGCGGCCAACGACCAGAAGGUGUGUGUGUGCGACCAGGGAUUCAGCCUGAACGAUGGGAAGACCGCGUGCGUGUCUUCUGGCACCAACAAGAGUAACGGCCUUUCUACUGGCGCUAUUGCAGGCAUUGUUGUGGCUGCUGUCAUCGUUAUAGGAGGGCUUGUGGGCUUCCUCUGCUGGUGGUUCCUCUGCCGCGGGAAGGCGUAG